UAUCACCAGGUGUUGCCAACUGUUUACUCGUUUGCUUUACUAUCAUUCCUAUAUUUUUCUUCUCUUCCCAAGAGAUAUUUCUUUCAUCCACUCAUCACACAUUCUCCACUCACCUCCGCACAGAAAUCGACUGGCAACGAGCCCAGAGAGCCUGCUAAUCGAUACGUUUCCACAAUGCCUGUGGUCAAGCCUUUUAAGUGUCCCGAGUGUAAGAAGGGUUAUGGAAGUCAGCCAGGCCUGAGGGAACACGUCAAUACCGCUCAUAAGCACAAAAGACAUCGAUGCCCGUACGGAUGCGGGAAAUCAUACUCUCAAUGGAAUGGGAUGAAUGCACACGUCAAGGCCGACCAUGAGAAUACCGUCUACCCGUGCCCAUACAAAGAAAAGGAGGGAUGCAAGGCCAAAGACUUCAAGCAAAAGCGGUCUCUGAAUGACCACAUAGCCAAGAAGCACAAGGGAGAAGAAGGGAAAUCUUACAAAUGCCCUGACUGCUCAAAAAAGUAUACGCAGUCACACAAUUUGUCGAAACACGCCAAGGCAACGCACGAAGGCGUGCGUCUCCCUUGCCCUUAUAAGGAAGAGGACGAAUGUGAAGCGGAUUUUGCUACUCCCGACGGUGUUAAACAGCACGUCAAAGCUAUUCACGAUGAGUGGCCACGGUUCCCGUGUCAAGCCAACGACCGUACGAAAACCUUCAAGCGUGAGGAUUACGCCACAAGUCAUUAUAACCGCGUCCAUGUCGAUGCUCCCUUACCGUACAGCUGCGGCUUUUGUGGUAAGAAGUUCCAGUUUCUUCCCAGCAAGAUUUCGCACGAGGAGAAACACACACAACAUGCAUGUCCAAGGAACAGUUGUUAUCAGGGGUUCAGUUGCAUUGAGGAAGCCUUGGAGCAUGCGAAGGAUCACCAACAUCGCAGCGAUCAACAAUUAUACGAAUGUCCGCUGAAGAACUGUCGCCUCGCAAUCAUCGGCAAGGCCCUAGACAAGCCUUCUCUGGUCAAGCAUUGGGAUAUGCACAUCAAGCGGGAACACAUUUCCAAUGAACUUGAGUUGGUCUACAAAGAGGCAAAACAGCCGCUUUUCCGAGACAUUCCAAUUCUUGGUUCCAUAAUGGCAAAUAACCACUCAAUUCUCUUGGCGCCUGCCUCACUCGACAACACUGUGCCUGAGCCCGAAGAAGACGCAGAUGAAGACGACCAGGGGGACGAAGAGGAAGACAAAAUAUUGGUCAGCGACGACGAGGAUAUCAAUAUCCUUGAGCAGAACAAAGUCUGGUGGGAGUCACACAAAGAUCACCUCGUUUCUUUCAAUGCCAGGGGUUACAAAUGCGCCGGACCGGCCCUUGGAACGACGCAUUUGAUUGUCGAGGGCUGCCCCGUAGGCGCAAUCAUUGAUUUCGACACAGCAUUGAUAAGGUGCAGUCGAGGUAGAAGGCUCCCGACCAUGUCGCUUGACAGUCGGUGUGCGAGCUGCCACUCAGAUAUGAGGGUUAGACAGUUGAUCAAACGAUUCGACUCUCCCAAGAUCGACCCUAAGGGUGGUCUCGGUGCCCUGACCAAAACAUUUUCAACAGCGAUAUCAAAGACCUGGACAUGCACCAAGGAUUACGGACGGCGAGUUCGGCAGCCAGUUCGGAAAGGACUGGACCGAAAAGUUGUCAUUAUCGACAACGAGUUCGACCCGAUCACACACGAGCUGUAUGAAACAGCCAUUAGUGACCGAGUUUUUGGCGAAACACUAUUGAACACUCUCAUCGCUCAUACCGAAGAAACGAAGUCGGCUGUUCCCUCCCGACGCACACAGGGAGAGAAGGUCGGAAUAAUCAGUCAGCUGUGGAAGAAAAAGGUGUAUGGUCGAAGCCGCGGAUUGGCACUGCUGGACGUGCACCAAGUCGCAAAGAGGCUGCAAGAAUGCGGCAUCACACCAGAGACAAUAUUUCUGGCCUGGCAUGUGCUUUUGGCCAAGGGGGGAUACCGCAAUAUCUUGCCCAAGGACAGAAAUUGCUUCCCACUGAUCCCUCUCUUCCGCGAAAACGUGCCUAAGGGGUGUUUCCCUUUACGUUUUGAGAUCGUAUACCCCGUAAUGUUCACACGAAGCGACCUAUGUGGGCACAACCACCGAGCUCUAGUCGACUGUAAGCAAGCUCGGAACAUUUGCAACGGCCUCGAUGAUUUCUGUGAGCCGGUUGAGAGCCGUGGCAAGGAAUGGCAGCCUGCUAAAUUCGUGAAGGAAGCUCAGCGCUGCAUUGGGGAUUACCUAGCUUAA